AUGGCAGAGGAUGCGCAGGACUAUCAUGUCGAUGCUUCCUUCCAGGGACCUGGAUCGAAAAAACUGGAUCAGCUGAGUCGACAAGGCUCUCUUAGCGUAUUCAGAAAUGUUGACAUGGAAGAAUUGGUAAAAGAUGCUAUGGAGGAGCAGCUCAUUACCGAGCCUUCGUACAUUGGCAAGCACCUGAAUGUGCCAGUUGUAAUUGUGACCAGUGAGAUCAGCCCUUGGUCUAAGUCUGGCGGCUUGGCACUGGUCACGGCUUCAUUGGCCCUAGAACUGGCAGGGAGGGGUCAUCGCACCAUGGCGAUCAGUCCAAUGUACGACGACUACCCGGGCUGUACUUACCUGUGCUCAACGACGAUCUGGCUGUUUGGAUGGGAGCAUGAAGUGAAGUAUUUUCAUCAGUGGCAACCUUUAAAUGCUGAAGGAAGCAAAGGUGUCGAUUAUGUGUUUGUUGAUCAUCCCUGUUAUCAUCGACCCGGUGGUUUAUACUACAAUGCGCAGGAGGGUGUUGAGUAUGCAGACAACCUGUUUCGCUUUGCAUUGUUCACUCUUGCAGCGUUGGAGGCUCCUUGCUGUUGCGCGUUUGGCGGAGCUGCCUACGGCGAGCGGGUGAUGUUCAUCGCAAAUGACUGGCAAAGCGCCCUUCUGCCUGUUUAUUUGACACAUCGAAUGCGACCACUGCACAGGUUUCGUGAGUCCCGGUGCAUCUUCAUUGUUCACAACUUUGGUUACCAGGGCAUCUACCCAUGCAACAAGCUGGUACCGAAUCCGGAGGGCACGCUCCCCAUCAUUAUUAAGAAUGUUGACAUUGAUGACUUUGGUCUCAACGGCACUGGUGCGUAUGAGCAUAUGAUCUUCGAAUAUCCGCCGUGGGAAAGGUCAUACCAUGGAGAUGAUGGCAACGUGUGGAAUCUGACCAAGGGCGCACUGAUGACGUGUGACCGGCUAUUGACUGUUUCGGCAGGCUAUGCCGAAGAAAUGAAGACUCCAGAAGGAGGAUUUCGGCUUGAAGACCUGGUGAAGCAGAAAGAGUUCUUCCUUGGCGGUAUCCUCAACGGGAUUGAUAUCAUCACGUGGAACCCCAGGACAGAUCCUAAUUUGGCUGUCCAGUACGACCUUGACAACCUGCAUGAAGGGAAGGCGGCCUGCAAAAAACAGCUGCAGGAGCUGGUGGGCUUGCAGAUUGAUGAGACAAAAGUUUUGGUAUCCUUUGUUGGCAGACUUACAACGCAGAAAGGCGUAGACAUCAUUCUCGAGGCAACUGAAUGGAUGAUGGAAGAUACCGGCAACAACGUUACCGGGCACAUUCAGGUGCUGAUGAUGGGGAAUGGAGACGAGGUCUACGUGAAAGGAAUGGAGGAGAUGACCCGUCGAUAUCCUGGAAGAUUUGUUGGGAUAAGCUUUGAUACAACGCUGGAGCACAUUGUGUAUGCCGGCAGCAACUUUCUUCUCAUGCCUUCAAGGUAUGAGCCGUGUGGCCUGCCGCAGAUGUGUGCCCAGCGCUACGGCACAAUCCCGAUUGUCACCCUGUGUGGCGGCUUGAAGGACUCCGUGGUGGUUUUUCCGGCAGACGACUGCACUGGGUUUGGCAUCCUUCCCCUAGAGUUUGGCAAGUUCAAAGAGGUUGUGUACCGAGCGUGCGACACGUAUUUUCAUAAUCCUGAUUUAUUUGAAGCAAUGCAGUGCCGUGGGUUCGUCACUGACUUCUCGUGGUGUGCCCGAAUCGACGAGUACGAGAAAAAUAUCGACUGGGCGUUGAACGAUCCGCCCUACGUACGGUGA